GGCGACACAACAAACCGUAGCUACAAAUGCAGCCCGGUUCUUAGCUACUAACGAAGCAGCAGCGCGACGCAGACAUCGCUUCUCAUCUCUGGGUGAUUUAUAAUUAGUUUUUUUUACUGGCAGACAACGGUCACCCGUCCGUUCCCCGCUCAGCAGCCGUAUCUGACUGGUCUUCCUGUGUGAGUCGUGUCCGGCUCCCUGAAGCUUCGCUGUGACUCCAGUUACUCCUUGUCCACAUCUGACUGGGAGACGGGAGUCAUGUCCAGAUGCAGCUUGCGGCUGGACGACGGCCUGCUGGACCACAGGCUUCCUCACAGCAGCGCCUCCUUCAGUGUAGGAGGAGGUGAAUGGAGGAGCAGCAGGUCCCUGAAGUCCCGUCACUCCCAGCGGCACUCAGCCUCCUGCUCGGAGUCGCUCCUCCUCAGAACUCCUUGUAAAGUGGCCGCUCGCUCUCUCCAUGACAGCAGCGUCCACAGUGUGGUCUCCGACGCCUCCCUGAUCUCCUCCCUGCUGGACGAGUCCUCCAUCCAGGAGAGCACGAUGGUCGACGCCUUCUGGGGUUUGGACGACGAUGUGGACCCAAAAGAGAGCACCGUCGUGGCCGAGCAGAGCGGCGAGCCGGUGAACAGCACUCAGACCGGUUCUGACCGCUGUACCAAACAUCCGGCCCAGACCUUCGGCAGCAGGGUUUACUGUAAAGACUGCAUCACUCGGAGUCCUUCAUCACCCGGAGAGACGGACACAACCAUCUACUCUAGAGAGAGGAGCUACAGGAGCACCACAGCUCGAUCCAGGCCCGGUGGAGGCAUGAAGGAACCGAACCCGAUGGAGCUUCUUCCUAAAGGGUCUCUGUGUGACGACUGUAAGGAGAAGCAGCGCUCCAAGGCCGAACUGGUCACCUCCUCCUCCUCCUGGUCCACCAUGGCUGCUGGCUUGUUGGAGCUCACGUGCCGCGCUGCUGCUGUUGCAGGCUCAGCAACCUGCUUCCUGGUGCAGCUGUGUCUCAGAGCAGCUGCAGCUCUUCGGCCUCUCAUCAGGACCGUUUUCGCCGCCUCGCUGAGAAGCGGACGCGCCGCAGGUCGGACCACCCGCGAUGGCUUCAGGUGGCUCUGCAGACGAUGCCGUCACAUGACCACCAGCUCCCACCUGAGAAGGUUUCCUCUCGGUCUCUUCAUCAUCCUCCUCCCCCUGCUCCUCAUCUUCAGUCUGAGUUGGUUCGGUCCAGAUGGCUUCCAGUCCCUCCUUCCAGCCCUUAACAUCACAGUGUGGUGGACGGCCGUCUCCGACGUCCCCACCGUGUCCUCGGUCCGCAGUGUCCUGCCUCCACCAGCAGAGGGCGCCGUGGAGGAAACUGCUCCUCAGGUGGUUCUGGUGGUGGACGACUCGGAUCGGCUGGAGCGUGUGGAGCAGAGUCUGAUGGUGCUGUGGCAGCGGGUGGAGGCCAGAGGACGGCGGGUGGAGCAGAAACACAGGGAGGUGCUGCGGCUCCACGCCGACCUCCUCCAGCAGCAGCUGUUGUCCUCGUCUCAGAGCGCCGGCGACGGUGUGGACAGCCUGGUGGAGCAGCAGCUGUCUCAGCUCCACACACGACUGGAUGAGGACAGACGGCAGAGGGAGGAGGGCCGGCAGCAGGACCUGCUGCAUCAGAGGAGACAAGCGUCCCGUCUGGACCGGCUGGAGCUGCAGCUGCAGGCGCUGACGUCCAGGACCCAGGAGGUCCAGUUGAUGCAGGAAGCGUCCCCAUCUGUCUCCUCGGCAACACUUCCUGCUGCUGUGGGCGGCGGCGUGGACCAGCUGUCCCUUGAUGCUCUGCUGGAGGAGGUGUCUCUGUUGGAGACGGCUCUGGGGGACGUCAGGAGGGACGUGGACGAUCUGUCCUUGUGCCAGGACGGCUGCAGAGAACUCGAUAGGAUCCAGAGGACGAUUUCAGAUCAGGUUUCUGCUCAGAUCCGAGACGAGGUCCGGGUCCUGAUCUACAGAGACCAUCUGUUGUCUCCAGAUGGGGACGUCUCCGUCCCAGAGUCUCUGAUUGACUGGCUGUUUCAGCGCUUUGUCAGCGUGGACGACCUGGAAGCGGCGCUGGUCUCUCUGGAGCUCAGAAUCCUCCAAAACAUCACACUGCAGCGGCGUGAGGGAACGGUCCAAGGAGACGAGCCGAAGACCACCAGGACUGCCGGGACCGCCGGGACCGCCAUGACCAGGGAGGACGUCCAUGAGAUGCUGACGGAGGCUCUGAGGCUGUUCUCUGAGGACAGAACCGGGCUGGCGGACUACGCCCUGGAGUCUGGAGGGGGCAGCGUCCUCAGCACCCGCUGCUCCGAGACGUACGAGACGAAGGCCGCGCUGCUCAGCCUGUUCGGAGUUCCUCUCUGGUAUUUCUCCCAGUCUCCUCGAGCCGUCAUCCAGCCUGAUGUCCAUCCAGGGAACUGCUGGGCCUUCAGAGGUUCCACAGGGUUCCUGGUGAUCCGGCUCUCCAUGAGGAUCCUCCCCACCGCCUUCACGCUGGAGCACAUCCCCAAAGCCCUGGCGCCUAGCGGGACGCUGCUCAGUGCUCCCCGAGACUUCAGCGUCUACGGUCUGGAUGAUGACGGCCAGGAGAGGAGGAAGCUGCUGGGAACGUUCAGCUACGACCAGGAUGGAGACGCUGUGCAGACGUUUCCUGCCUCGGAGGAGAAUGAUGACUCCUUCCAGAUCAUCGAGGUCCAGGUUCUGUCUAACUGGGGUCACCCCGAGUACACCUGCAUGUACCGCUUCAGAGUCCACGGGACGCCCCGUGACGUCUGAGCGCCGACACACGGGUCUGGUUUCCUGCUCAGACUGCGGAAACCUGCAGCACUUUGAGUUGAUGUUGAUCAGCGUCUCCAUGGCGAUGAAGUCCCGUUGCCAUGGAAACCUAUGGUUCGAGUGAUGUAAUAAUUCUGUUCAUAGUUUUCUGUUUUGUGUGUUGCUGCUGGUUUUCAUGUUUUAUCCCAUUCAGUCUUUUAUCAGGUCUUUGUGGUCCAGCUGAGAUCUUAAACGUCCAACACAACGCUCACAUCCUUUAUUUUUCCCUUCCUGCUCCUCCGGUCAGGAAGGUAGGAUGAAGGACUCAAACUUUCCUUUAACUUCUCUUCAGUGCAAUCAGAUAAUCAGGCCCUCAGCUCCACUUCCACCUCUUUCUCAGCUGAUAGCCUGAUGUCUGAGUGUCUUUGAACGCACCAGCUGGUUUAGUUUUAUUCCUUCUCUGGGCUGCAGCGAAACAUCUGAAAUACAUGGUCAGAAAAUGUGAACCAAAGAUUAAAAAGGAAGUCAGAAACUUCCAGCUCUGAUGAAAUGAGAUAAUUUUGCACAGAACGUCCUCCCCCGUCUCCGGGUUGACGGGGAGGACAUUUUAUGGGGACUUUUUAUGUCAUGUUUCAUUUGUUUUUGUAACUUCUAACAGAAAAUCCUAAUAAAGAUGUGACAUU